AUGGCUUCGCCUCUAACCGGUACCGUACUGAAUAAGAAAUGGAAGCUGGGGGCUCUAGUGGGAUCCGGAGGGUGUGCGGAGGUGUACGAAGCAGAAGCCACAGGCUCUCGGGGACAAAGCGCAGAUGGGCCAUUUGUUGCCAAGAUCGCGCCUGUUCCUGUGGCCCUCCCUCUCGCCGCGAAGAAGGGGAGGUAUGCGUACAAGAGAAAGACGGAAGAGGAGAAGCAUGCGGAUAUGAUCCACUACGAGCACGUGCUGUACACGGCCUCUCUAGCCAAACAUGUUGGGGUCGUUGAGAUCCCACGCAACGGCUAUGGCGAAGACCAGAACCUGCGUUACCUGGUGAUGACCAGGCUUGGUCUGGACGUGGAAGCGGCGCUAAAAACAAGCAAAGGCUGGUCGGUGGCUCGCAAGACUGGCUACGCCAGACAGAUGCUGGCCCUCCUGCGCGCCCUUCACGAGAAAUGCCAGAUGGUGUUCAUCGACGUCAAGCCAGAAAAUUUCAUGUUCGGGGUGCCGGGCUCUGCCGAUGAGGAUAAGAUCUUCCUGAUCGACUUCGGGCUCAGCACCAGGUAUGUCGCACCGAGGGGCGGAAUCAAACCCCAAGGCCAAAGCGCACAGAUCCAGGGCACCGCGGAGUUCCUGUCUCUCAAAUGUCAUGGCGGUGCCAGCGCUGGAAGGUGCGACGACCUCGAGUCUCUCGGCUACGUGAUCGUGUCCAUGCUCAAGGAGGGUGACAGAGCCCUGCCCUGGAGCGGGUCUUCGAGCGUCAAGGACGGCCUCGCAGCUAAGAAGUCCGCGACGCUCGAAGCGCUAUGCCGAGGAUGCCCGGCGGGCAUGCUUGAAUACAUGAAGGCCGUGCGCGGCAUGGAGUUCGAGGAGGCUCCCGACUACGACAAGCUCGACGCUGUGCUCAAGUCCAUGGAGAGCGCCGGGGCAGCAGCAGGCAGGGAGGGCGAGAGGCGGACGCGCCGCGGUUACACCCAAGGCUCAGGCCACCGCCGCCGCCGGUGGCGCUUUGACCCGCGGAACAUUCACUACCGCCGCCGCGUCACGGCAGGAGGAGCGGGACGUGGAGGUGCGUGUCGCUGA